AUGGAGUCCCUGCCUGUUUCUUCUGAGGCCUCUGAGUCCAAACAGUCGGAAGUAGAAAAACUCAUGCAGCUUCUGUUUCUUUCAUCCGUUCAAAUGGAUACGGUAGAUGACCAGCAGUUAAUAGGAUGUGUUGCCCAGCUGUCGGUCUUGUCUUUACAAGAACUCGCCGAGGCUCCCUCUCGUAUACAAGCCGAGGAAGAAAGUCUUCGUCACCAGACCGAAAAGCUUGCCGUUGAAAACUAUCCUAUAUUUUUGUCCAACGCGAGCACCAGUCGUGAGGUGCAUAGGGAAUUCGAGUCGAUUUCCACGUCCAACGAUUUACUGCUGGAUUUAGUGUCGCAGGCAUCUUCGACGGCCCAGGCUAUUUCCCGAAGGACAGACAACUACGGACUGGACUUUCGAAGAAAUGCGAGGUUGGCUCAGAAUCAUACACAGGUACCUUUUAGGUAUGGUUUGUUCCACCUAUAAUGCAGGUUUUGGAGCCCACUCCUAUCUCGCAUACCUGUUUUGUUCCCACUGCAUACUUCGGCGGUUCUUGGUCAGUUAUAGCAAGUUAAAUACCGUUACUGACAUAUUUUGGCGAUUGCUCCUGCAUCGUCUUUCCUCAGCAAGCACUGACCUGUGAAAAGGUCUUAAGGGCCAACAGUUCCGGUUUUCUCUAGUUGGUCAUUCAUGGACCGUCUACUUCUGCGUCCUCGUCGACGACGGCCGUACAGUCACCACUUUUGAAUCUGAUGUACAGUAUUUUCCAGUCAGGUUGUGCGUCCAAAGUGACUUCACUGACAAACCUUAAGAGGCCUGAUGAUGCUUAUCGCACCCACAUCCUGGCAUGAAUACUGCAAACCUUCGAAGCCACUGAUCUGAAAGAGAGCGUUUCAUUAUCCGAAUAUUCUGUCAGUACGUGCUAUUUUGUUGUCUGUCGGACAUCCUAUUUUGAUCGAAACUCAAGUCCCAUAUGACAUUUCUGAAGUAUGUCAUACUUGGGGAAUUGAGUCAUGAUCCUCAGUUGUGAUUACCCGUGAUUUUACUUUGCCAUUUGAUCGCGUUUUUGCCAAAGUUGUGGCCGAAGCGGUCUCAACCGAGAGCAGAUCAUUUUAAUUUCGGCGCCGGCAAAUGCGGUUUUCCCUAUUCACGUUUGCAAGUAUUCAUUGGCUUGUGCCCGUUCUCAAUCUGCUGCCGAAUACUCAUUAAACGGUGCUCGAAAUCCGACUUUGUCAGCUGUCCUGUCGUGUCUGAAAGUCAUUAUCUAACUGUAUUUUCAGCUUUCUGACUGGACGACUCAUUUUCGAUAGAGCAGCAGUACUCCGAUUUGGACCGGUAAAUCCUACACCAGCAAGUGGUCACCUUGGUUAACCUCCUUCGCGAUUUUAUCUUGAAACAGUGUUUGGACACGGAUUUGCAGUUGAACACGGUCACUUAUGACAUCUAUUACCUUUAUUUUAUGAGGUAAAGAAUCUGCUUCUACGAUUCUAGCUAAAUCCCUCAGGAGCAGUUUCAGCUUCCCAAUCUGCGUUCCUCUACAUAACGGACUUAAUUGAAUCGAACUUUUCUGACAGCACUGCAUUAAACUGUCUAAAGAGACCGUUAGACCGAGUCAAAUGCUUAGUCUGAGAUUAUUAGAAGAGUCUUGUGAGCGGUCGCAUAUACACGAGCAAUCAGUAGGGUUGAAGAAGUACCUGCAAUGACAGGGAAGACUGUUAUAUUAAUUCAUGGCUCAUUUGUCAUUCGUCAGUCAUUCAUUUCUCCAGAACUAGAAGACAGGGCUUGCACCCCGGCCAGUUGAUCAUCGAGUAUUUGUACCAAAUGCCUUUUCAUUCGAGACAUUGACCCACGCCUUGUUGUGGGUAUUUGAUGUCAUGUAGGAGUGGCGUUUCGGCGAUUAUGUAGCUCCAAGACCAGACGCAACGCGCAUGUGCCGUCCUAAAAUAAGGUCGUUGAAGCGGCGUUCCGACAUGACCCUGACCCCGAUGUAGCUGAACUAUCUCUUUUCAGGUUUUUCUACCUUUCGCUGAGGACCCGUUCUUUUUUAGUCUCUUGGGCCACGCUCCAUUGAGUUACAUAGUUGCUAUACAACCUCCAAGCAUUACUAUCGACAAGCAAAUAUUCUUCUGGCAAGUUGUAUAGAGGAUGUAAAUCCUGUGCCGCCAGGGCGUGAAUUUCGGGGGUUUUCGUUGAUUUUGCCCGACCACUUAACAUACGGGCCACAAUUUUCACUGUCCGGAUCGAAGACGCGCAAAUCCACUUUUGUUUGGCGUCAAGUGAUCAAAAGACCUUGUGCAGCCAAAUAGUGGUGCAACAUGUUGACCCAUGACUUUCCGACAGUCUAAUCACGAAUACACGACAGCUAACACAAAUGGUUUCGUAUGUUUGUCCUGACACUCGUCUGACGGUCCUCCACCGUGGUGAGUCAUGCGCGUAUGCAAACUUGGUCUGCUGCGGCGUAUGACGAGGCGGUCCUAUAUCAGGGUCAAUUAGGGUGGUAAAUAGGAUUCAGCCAUCGAGCCAGUUUUGAAUGCCAGAAAUGGUAUACGCCCGAGGACCAUGGGACGCUUACGUUAUCUUAAUUAUUUGUCUAUCAUCUUAUUUUUGCUUUUCCGAUCGUCUCCCAAAUUGAGUUUACCACUGUGCUCUAGCUGAGAUGGAAGCUUAAGCUACAAAUAUUCCCACAAUGCAUCGGGAUCGUUUGUAAUGCUCACAAUAGCACCGAAAUUAACCUUAUUCGAGCCGUUAGUAUUUUUUUCAUCGUUUAAGUCAUGGUCAUCGGUCAACGCACAGUCCGGCUUUCCUAUAUGUCGAGAAGAUCGUAUUAUGAGCAUGAACUUAAGAAUACUUUGCGUAUGCCACCUUGAGCAAUGUAAACCUUGCUGCAGUUUAAAACCUUCCAUAAACCUGAUGAUAUUUGUGAACCCGUUAUUCAUCUUUCGCCAUUUGGUUGGCAGAACAGAUCUCGCAUCCUCUUCAGAAACGAUCAAUGCCCGCGAAAAAAUCACAUUCAGAAUGCGACGCAUAACUGUAAUACGUUGUCCGCAAAGGGUUAAAGCCUGUUGUAAGACCUAUGUGACACUGUCCGUUUAACUUCUUUCUGAAUAACAAUGUUUCAAGAUGGACUGCACUAUGAUACCAUGAUCACAAGACGGCCAAUCCGGAAAGUCGGGGAUGGAGAAGGAUGCAAUGGACCAUGUGACCACGUAACCUUAGAAACGGAUGUACUUGGGUUAACCUAGGUCUCUUCACUUGGCGCUGUAAUUUCCUCUUAUUUUUUGCUUAUUUUUCCACUUUCUAUAUGACAGUUAGGGAAUUCUAGAGCGUAAGUCUAUUUCCUUCAGAUACACUGACUAACCUGAGCGUCGAAAAAAAGAACUUUGAAUGUUAUAAAUGACGCCGAACGACAGUUAUGAGGUUGAAAUAUUUUCAUUUGGUCAUGUGUACCUGUCUAUCCAAACUUGCCAACUAUUCAUUCCCACAUCGAUUUCAUUUCUAUAUGCUGCUAAACUACUUUGCAAACCAAAAUAUGAUUCUAUGCUCAGAGUCGGUCUUUUGCGGAUUCCCGGCUUUUAUAUAUCCACUAAAACACAUUGUGUUCUUUUCCUGGCAGCUCCUCGAAUUCCUUGAAUUGCCACAAUUAAUGGAAACUUGUGUGCAGAAUGGCUACUAUGAAGACGCCCUGAAUAUUCUUGCUCACGUCAAACGCAUUUGUAAGAAGCACGGCCAGUCGGUGCCCGUUGUCAGAAUUGUCGCGGCUCAAACCGAACAAAUCAGUGGUCAAUUAUUUUUUCAACUCUGCAAGCAGUUACGGGAGCCAAUCACUCUGCCCGUUUGUCUUAAAGUAAGCAUUAAUCUCCGUGCUCGCUGAAUGCUUUUAUCAUCUUUCUCCGCUCCUAUUUCUGACAAUUUUUCCUCGCCGACGGCGUUAUGACAAUCAGUAUUGAUUGCAUCACGCCCAACACUUACAUGCCGUAUCCGAGUCUUUCAUAUUGACCCAACUGUGAAAAACUCGGCGCCUUAGUGGGAUUCGAACCCACGCAGUAAGGGGAAGGCUUUAGCACAGCCAACGCUCUAACCAUUUGAGCUACGAGGCCUCGCCGGACGGCUCUAGUUUAAUCACAUUUGGGUCAAGUUACCCGCCCUACCUACUGCAACGUCUGGAAUCCACCAAAUCUGGUACGGUAAGUUGACUGCCCAAGUAGGAUUUCCUAAGUAAUUCACCUAGAAUCCACCAGAUGACUACCAGGCUCACGUAAUUCAUUCUGAGUUUACCUUGUGUAAAGUUGUCUGUAGUGUACAGCAGCUGCCAGUAUUGAUUCCUAUUUUGUCAAGUCUUAAUGCCUAUAGCCCACAUCCGCAUGUUUUCAGCAAAUUGAUUCGAACCGCUUGUCUCUCUAUGCUCUAAAACGUGUUUAUUUCACAUUGGAGUGGCGUUCGUCGACGUGUCCUGGUUGUAGGACAGAACAUUGCCGAUGGCCUUUUACCUUGGAGCUCCACUCACGAGCCCCCUCAGGCGGUCGCCUAAGAACUAGUAAUCCGUAAUCGAGAGAUAUUAACUGUUACGACCGGGGGCAUUGAAAUAAUCAUGUCCCAUUAAUUUGCUUUCGGCAACAGUCUAUGCGCCAACCUCCGGCCCUGGGAGACCUGGUGUGAACCCGGGUCUAUCGGUCUAUCAGUUGGGCCGAGCACCUGUACGCUGUUGGCAACUAUCAAAGACAUUCAAAGUCACAUGGAGGUGAUAUUCACUAAUGUGUCCUAAUCGUAGGUGGAAUAUGGGGAUUUCGUCUGACCCAGGGCCUGUGGUUUAAGUAUGCCCGGCUGAUGGCUACAAGUAGACACAAAAUGCCUAGUGUAACUUCCCUUCUCUUCCUGUCUCUCAAUAAAAUAUACUAGUUUUCGUUUCAGAUUUGAUAAUCAAAAACCAGCCUGCGUCAUUCGCUGUGCCAAUAGGAGCUGAUCUCUUUGUCUGAUGCGCGUCAGUUAAUGGCUCCUCUUUAACCCACGUUUUCACAUAUACGUGCUAUUGUGUCAGUCAUUUGCAGGCUUCGGUUGCUGAACCCGUGAUAAAUGUGGUUUCUCCCCUCGAUUGAUUUCCCAUAGGCUCACAGAAACCGGGAAAAAGAGCAGUUAUGAGCAUUUCCCCUCAGUUGUCUCGUGUAAACUUUUGUGCUCUCAGUCACCAGCUCCUGCAAAAUAAGAGCAAGUAUGACCGAAGACAGUUAAUGCAAUUGCCAUCUUACUUAAGAGACAGAAACCCAGGCGCAUUUCAGGGGUCUUCGGUGAUCACAUCGCGCAGUCAUAUGCGCUCACUUUUGGUGCAUUCGAAUUUCUUGAAAAUAUUCAAUACAGCCAUGAUUAUUAUGCUUUUAUGAAGUUUUCUUGUUGAAUAGAACCACUGAUAGGCUUUUUCACGCCGAUGCCUCAGUCCACUUGGCCUUUGCAAUUUCCUCCCCAACGUUAGAUCGUCGUACACUUGCGCCAGCUGGGAGCCUUUUCGGAGCAAGAGUUGCGUCUCAAUUUCCUCCAAGCUAGAGGCGCCUGUCUGCGCCAACAACUGUCGGCUGCCCUUUCCAGGCCUAUGACUGGCUCCACUGUGGACACUUUGGGACACAACUACCCUGGACUUGAUGUCAGUCUUGGUGGCUCACGCAGAGUGGAACAAGAAUCGUAUAUAUUGGCCAUGCGCCGCAUAGAAGUUACUCGUGUGCAUCUCUUUGACAUAAUAACUCAGUACAGGUAAGUAUGCAUUUUGCUCGUUGUACUCAAAGCCACAACUUGACCAGGAAGUAUUGGGGGGCCACACGGUUCCUUUGUCUCCAUGGCCUAAGCAAGACGUAACUUUCCGACUGCAACCAGCACUCAAAUCGAAAAUGACUUCCGUGGUCCGCUUUCUCACCGUUAGCACUUUGCAGUUGAUGCCGUCCCCACCCAAAAUGCAUCUUCUACGUACCUGCUGAGGGCAAAUGUAUACUAGCCGAAUUCCGUUAUCUCCGCUUCAGGGCUGUCUUCGCAGAUGAGGAGGGCUUUUCCAGGAGUUUGGGUCUCUCGGGUAGCAAACUUGGCGGUAGCAACGGUGGCGAACUGAGCUCGCAUACACUACUUUCCAGUAUCUCACCCCUUAGUCUGGAGGAUCUGCCCGGCUUCACCCUGCCACUGGGCUCCGUCUUAGAUGGGCUCGUCUGCCCCAAGCCAUCGAGCCCUUUCCAUGCAUGGUUGGUGACUCAAGUUUCUGCCUUCCUCGAUGGUCUCUCCGGCGACCUUGAAAGGAUCCUCCGGCUGCCCAGCCUCUCCGUCGCCGAAGUUACUGACCAGUUGGCCUUCAUUAUGACAAAUAAGGACACUACCCCAGGCUCCAGCACAACAGACGAUGCACUAUCCUAUGCUGUGACACCUGAGUCUGUAACCUCAGUUUUCCAGCGCAUACAUUCCUUGCUUACGCAGAGCCUCUACUUUGGACGGUCUUUUGCAAGAAUAGGCUGUGACUUUAGAGCUCAUCUGGCUACCCUCUUUUCCAAAGCUAUUCUAAAAUACUUCGAGGUGAGUCGUCUCGAUUUGCAAAUGCUGUCUUCACGCUUUGUAGUUAAACGUCUGGUGAUUCAUAUACUAUUGGUUCAAGUCAGCAUGAUUGUUUAGGUAUCUAGGAUAGCAUCACCGAUAAGCCGGAAUAUCUCAUUAAGGUUUGCCUACUCUUGCCAUUAGGACAUUCUGCGCUAAAUAUCACUUAGAUAACUACUUCCGAUCCAAACUUCAAUUUUGCUGGACUACUUUACGAUAGUGGUGUGCCCUUGUCUAGUCUAAAAAACCAUUCGAAACUUAUUUUGCCCUUCAUUUAGACUGAUUUAGGUCCCAUUAGGACCCUUUCUUGCACUGCACUUCUGCUAAAGUUGUAUUUGUCCGCUGUUGUUAAUUAGCAUUGGUACUUUGGUCUAACAGACCACACGCAUCUGACUCUACUCGCUGCCCGCAACUUUCUGCAUAAACAGUGCGAUUUGAAUCCUUUAGUAUGCAGACUUCAAAUGCGUGACCUCGGCCGCACAAUGCCUGUAUCUUCUGCUAUCGCACCUAAUCCUUCGUUGACCUUUUGACCUUAAGAAGGCGCCGUGGGUGUCUGCGGGCAGGGCAUACCUCAUAACUCGUCAAUUUGCCACGAAGUCAGAAAUUCAUAAAAUCCUCUUUUUUCCUGACCGGGUUUUCCUUACAUUUGGCCUCUAAAUUCGGUCUCGUUUGCCUGAGUUGCAACAACUAUUGAUGCAAAAAGCAUAGUUGAAGGAAUCUGUGUUGACUCCGAAAUGUUGCGCUUCUUUGGCAGGCGUUAACAGGACGACGGGGACCACAACACGAGGGGACCUCCCCGUCGGCCUAGUUACCAGUCACCUGGUUAACAAUGGAAUUGCCGUGAAGAAGGACACAUGACCUCUGGAACAAGAACUUUAUUCGCUUGGCGUUUCGAAUUCCUGCUCGAACCCAUCAUCAGAGACAAAAGCAGAUACGGGUGGUUCAUACACAAGGGGCUGAAGUAUUUAGAGAAUGCAGUCGUCAUGCUAUCGUACACCUAUGAAAAUUCACGUCUCCCCUCCUCAUUAGGGACUGUUGCACUUGGUGUGAUGGCUGACAUUCGCGUCGCUAAUCGUUUUAUCAUCUGACGCCUGAUGGUUGUCCCUCUUCUGUGUGGAACUCCUACCCCAAGUGGUGUGAGAAGGCGGCCGACGGCUUCUGAAACGUUCUUGACAUACGGGUUCCGUGGGAUUUAGCCUUUCGACCUGUUGCGUAUGCACCGGCUGAUGAAGUUGCGCGGGUAGCCAUUGGCUUUGGAGACCCAUCGAAGGUAUUGUAGUUCGGCAAUCUUGUCUUCCGACUCAUUGCAGUGCUUUUCAACACGCCGAUAGAGUGUCCUUACACAGCUGCGUUUGUGGCUGAUUAGUUGGUUGCUGUUGAAGUUUAGUACUUGCGUCGUAUUUUUCGCACGAACUCCAAAUUUUGGCGAGCGCUUCCAUAUGCCAAGAACGUUUCGGGGACCGUCGGCCGCCUUCACGCACCAUGCAGACCGGAGGCAACCAUUAGGCAUCAGAUAAUAGAACCGAAAGACAGCCAAACAGCUCGCUUACGCAUGUGCCACGCACGGGCGGAUCCAUAAACUUCACAAAAAUCUGACUUCAAAGGGUAAGGUUAGCGCUCAGACUCUACAGAGGUGAUUGGGGUCACCACGUCCACAUUAAUAGACAGCCCUUGUGUUUUUACUCUCGUUCGGAAGAGGACUGAGCCAGACCGUCAGUCAGUAACUGUCCAAGCCACGACUUACAGCGUGUAAUGUUAGCUUGAAUUGCGUCAGAAGCAGUCUACUGAGGGAUGCAUUAAACUGUCAUGAGAUAUGGUAUCUCAAUAUCGCCCUCACCUUUGCGUGUACUUGUGCAUCCGAGGCUCCAGGCCUGCCGCUGAUACCAUUGGUAACAAUGACCAACGUGACAUGGUCCCCCGUCUAGGUCGUACCACAUGGAUGUAUGCAUUAAGCACCCACGGACUCGGCGGGGUCCUAACACCGCACGCAGUAAGUUCAUGUGACUCUCGUUUGGAUCUAACACAGCAACGGCGCAGUCGACUUGAGUGACAGAAAUACCUGUGCCAUCUAAUCCGGGAAUCACAGGAACACUCCCUCCACAAAGCCCUCUCACACAGCCGUUGUUGGGAGCAUCACGGUUUAACCGGUCACUGCAGUUGGAGGUGCGCUCUGCGUGGGUCUGCCAAUAACACCGAAAGGAGAAAUUUCCUGCCCAACACCAACAUCGACAGCCAGUACAGUAUGUGCAUGUAAACUAAGAUGGUUGCAUAAUUUACAUAGGAAUGCAUUAGACGAAAACCCCGCCAACUGGACCGCUUGGUUUCAGCAGCUCAGUGGCUUGUACCUUCUUGUCCUUGGCACGUCUGCGAUGAUGCCUGACCUAGCUGGACUCUAUGAUGUUGAAAAUUGUACUUAAUCACGCCUGGUGGACUGCGCCAGUAAUCUGGAGAGCUAAGUCUACCCCUUCUCCUGUGAUAAUGACUGAAUACUAAAAGACUAAGAACCAUCUCCAAAUUGGAUCAGGUUUUUAGCUCACUUUGUCGGCACUUCCAUGUACGCAGCGGAACGGGGCCAAGAUUAACAACGCUGAACUCAUGGAGCGCACAGUGAAUAGCAUGCCCAAUCUAAGUCAGUUGCUCUUUUUGCAUGACUCGAUAUGUUUUCGCGUUGGUGAAUCGAGUGCGGUCUUCCUCAUUAGAGACGAAGUCAGUAUACUUCACGCGAAGGAUGUUUUUUAGACAACUGUUGUCAAGGCCUGACACUUUUCGCUUGCCUUCUAUGCACACAUCCCACCAUCAACAGCCACAUAGGAGUCAAGAACAUUUGCAACCACGAGUUUUUUACAUUUGGGCCAAGUUACCCAAGGCUCGCUGUCAGAGCCUAGUAGCUCAAGUGGUGAAAGCCUUGCCUUUUCUGUCUCGGGUUCGAAUACCGCCGAAGUAACCGGUUUUUCUGCAAAUGGUUAGGCAAACCCCAUCCGCACCGUGUACGAACGCAUUUUUGUGUUUCUUGUCCUAUCUGGUGUUCAGGGUUAUGAUUGGCUGAAUGAAGGCAGAAUAAGCCUGGAACGGUGCUGUAUCAAUCUACCCGCAAUCUCUGCCGUCCUUCCGCUGUGCAUUCAUAUCUGUCAAGACGCCUCCCUGGUUUAAUAGGUGGACAAAAUCUCGCAGUAUUUAUGACUGGAUUUGAAGAAAUUACAGUUAUUUUAUACAAAACCGGCCGUGCUGCAUAGUAAGAAGACUUCCAGUUAUGUAUCUCCAAAGAUGCACAUUCCAUGCACUCUAAGGGUUAAAAGUCUAAAAUGGCUAGUUGUGAAUACCAGUGCAUUCCUUUUUAGCAAGUUUUAUUGAAAUAGGCGAGAAAUCGGAUGCUAUCUGACUUGCGGGCUCGUCUUGGAUGACUUGAAAACCCUUCGACUAAGGACUAGGACGCUUCCCUAUACGAGUCAAUUAGAGACCAUAUGAAGGUGACCUGGCGAGAGCGAUCAAAGAGAUCUUUUGGGAUCCAGGUAGAGCACGUAGUAGAAAGGGCCUUACGUUAUACUCCAGAGGAGGUUAUUGUUAGAGUUGAAGAUCAGAUGCGGGAAUAAGUACCCACCUUGAAUUUAGCGGAAGACAACCUGUAGUACGAGGGUCUUUUCUCCCGUGUCUAACCGGGAUCCAUCUUUUGAGAGGUGAACUGAUCUCAUUUAUCCUACUUCAUGGGAGGGAGAAUAGAUCAAGUCGGUUUCAUAUUACCAAAUUCCUUGGAGAGUGUAUAAGGCAUUGGGUCGAUAUGACGGUUCGGUGUCUCCUAUAUGGCGCCCUCUAGUUGGCACACGGUCUUCACCGUCUUUCAGUUACUCUCCUUCCAACCGUCUCUCCGCACACCCUGCCGUUUAGUAAGAAACUCCGGUCUACCGCUCCUCGACCUCCCUCCUUUUUACUGCUGGCGUGAAAGUCGUUGAAUGCGGCAGAACAGAAUGUAUCGUCUUUCAUUGCAAUUAAUUGCCUGUUCAGACUGAUAUCAGACAGCGUUCUAUGAGGCGCUAUGGAAAAAUGUGAUCAGAUGCCCCCAUUUUUCUCCAUUUGUAUCAUGCGACACGCGUAUUUACCCUCAAGACCGAAAUCCUAGAGGAAUGAGUUCAGACAAUUCUCUCAACACUCCUAUCGACUCGGCCACCCCAUGGAUUCUAUCCGAAUAUUCCGACCGAUAUUUAUCGUAUUACCGCUAUCGUCGCCACCUUCAGUCUCUCCCUUCUCUGUUCCUAGGCGCAUGUUUAUCCAGGACUCAGGAAAAACGAUGGCCUACUAAACACACGCUUUUGAAAUCAAUUCACUAACUCCUUCCACAACUCGGUAGUUACCUAGAAGGGACCUUUUGUCAGUUUCAUUUGUCUGGCCUUUACACCCGCCCACUGUGUUGUUGUCGAAUAUCACGACUUUGGGUGGCGAUGAGAAGUUUCUCCAUGUGCUGUUUUUCGUGAGAUUUCAAAUCUUCACAAUUCACGUUGAACUAACUUUCUCAUUAGGUUAAUGCCAUUAAUUUUUGCUCUAGCGUGGUGUACCAACCGCCCUAUCUGCUUAUUCAUAUAUUGUCGGUUUUUUGACCAAGGCCAUUUUGAAUGAAGUCAGUUUAACUGCUUUAAUCAUCCUUCCAACAAAGAUUAGCACAUAAUAGGUAUUUGUGAUCUCUACUCGGUCGCUGUACCUAUAAAUGGUUCCUGUACGUACUCCUGAGCCUGCUGUCUGGGAGCUAGACGUCUUUGGUCCGUCGCAGUAUCUGAAAGCGAGUUUCAUCACGCUUUGAAUGCUUCGUCUCUCCUACUGCAUGGCGUGAGGUGUAUUCCUACGUUGAGCUUUUUCCGUCUCACACCGCCUGUCUUCCUAAUGCUCUCAACUUUCCUUAAUACCCGCUUCCUCUUUUUAGGCCCUGCUUUCUAAUGCACUGACGGAAUUCUAUGCAACACUUGAGCAAUGGCCCUGGGAGCUUGAAGGUUGCGAGAAUUUGGAAGCGCAGAAUGACCCCACGGCCGAUGCAUCGGGCUCAGUUCAACCACCAGUCACUAUUCUUCGGUAUCCUCCACUUGCCAUCUUUUGUAACCGACUACUCACGGCCAUGAAUGGGCUGAGAAUUUGCUGUCCAGUGGGACUGAAACAGGGGUCAGUGCCUAUUGUUGCUGCUUUUCAGACCAUUUACUGUAGCAGAAUUUUUUAAAGUCCGGAAACGCUGUGGUGUAAUAAGCCCACAGUUUGAUUUUUCUAGUUUUUCAAACUGCCUGUAUUAUACAAACAGUUAUUAUCACGAGUCUGCUAUUAAUUCGCACUUAUAACUGACACAUGCCAGAGUAGUGUGCGCGCAUAUGCUAAGACACCACCAACCUUGACAACAUGAUUGACCUGUUUGUGGUAAGCUAACAUCAUAAUUUUAAGUUUGGAAUCUGAUAUUAAUUAUUGUCCACCCUGAUUUCCCCUUUCGGAGCUAGUAUCCAAACGGCAUAACCAGCCAGAACGUGCCCUGAUGUAUCACUUCAGUGUUUGCACGUUCUUUGUUUAGUUCCAACGCUGAUACCGGUGAAUACAACUCGACAGGACGUCUUGCUCUUCGAGGUCUUUUUUAUAAGGGUCGAUCCGUCAUGACGGAUAGAAAAGUUGUGUAUUAGAUUUUUGUAUCAGCUCAGAUAGACGCAGAUUUCCCUCAUACCGCCUACUAGGCGCUACUAACUAAAAUAGAGUAAUUUGUCUGGAAACCUGCCUGAUAUUGACAAUUCGAUAUGUUCUAAUUGUUGUUAGGAUAAUCCCGUACUAGCAUCUGACCUUAUUGGAUGGAAACUAGUGCUCCACCUCUAGAAAAGUUUGCAAACCGUAAUUUCCGGAUCCCAACAGAGCAUUCAGUUGAUUUUUUACAUCAGUAUUCAACUAAGUAAAGCAGCUUCAGUCUCAUCGCUUGGGUUGUGCAGAACAGACAAUCGAGGAUUAGACUGAAUCAACCUCCAAAGUGGUCCUUGGAAAAAGUGCAUACCCAUUUAAAAAGCUGCAGUAUUUUGGUAGCUUUUUAAGCUCUGAUUAGAACUCCCUGAUGAAGCAUCACUUUAUUUCAGACUAGAUUUUUGGACUACACUUUUUGUCAUCAACUCCAGGUUAGAAGAGGUAACACCUUGAGAAAGUAACUUCGACCCCGUUCUCUUAGCAUAAUUUUUUAUAACGUUGAUGGUGACGGUGUGAUAGUGAGGACGAAGCAAAAGAAGUAGAAGGCCAAUGGCGGCGAUGAAAGUGACGACGUUGCCUAUAUGUAUAGUAUUAUUUGCGUCGCCAUUUCUGUCCACUGUACAUUUUUCUGACCGUCGGAUUUACUGUGUUUUAUCGAUUCAUCAUUCCUCCCGUUGGUAGAGUGAUGGUCGCCCUGUUGCGCAACCUUCGCCUGGCCUGUGAAGCAAUUGUCAGCGUCUACCAUGCCAGAGCAGACCAACAUCUGGUUGGUACAUGUCGCACCAAGGCCGCCAAUCUGGCUGCCGCCUGCGCCCAUUCCGCAGUGCCGCAUCUGCUGACUUGUGCCUUGCAGCACCUCUUUGGUGGCGAAGUGGAGGGCCACCUCUGGCAACUACAUCUACCCUCUAGCACCGGGUUGCCAACCACACAUAGUCUCAUCCAGACCCUAGGACGCGGCGUUUGUCGCCCGCUGACGGACACCUGGCACAAACUGUCCUCGGAAGCCAUGUCCUCUUCUGCGGACACUGUCACGAAUACAGGGGAAAAGAGGCGCAGUGUUGCUAACUCAGAAGUGCCGUCGUUGACUGUUUCUCAAGAGUGUCUCAACGCCGAUGUUUUACCUCUGUCUGAUGCCCUCCAGCAUACUGGAACCCUCAAAGAGGUUACUUCAACAACCCCCCUGCCGUCUGAGGAGGGUAAGCCUAACACAGAGGUAGGCGAUCGUGUCAACGUCGGCGUUUCGGAAUUUGUGGACGAAAAAUCAAGAGACCAUAUCCCGAGUAAAUCUCCACUUGCUGAGCAAUCUGUGUUUGCGGAUAAACCGGCUGAAACACCCUGUGUACAAACAUCUAGUCCAUCAUCCACAAUGCACAAUGAGUUGCUUGAGACACCUAAGAAUGAGGGUUCUCGGGCACCGCUUUCUGUUUCCGCGAAAUGUUUCCCUCCCGAGGAGGAUUGCGAAAAACCUGUCCAGUUAGCCGCCUGCCCUCCUGAAGAAAAUCCUGUCGCGCCUGCUAUACACAAGGACUCUGGGAAUGGUGAAACUGAUAACGUUCGUUUGCACUGCUCACAGUCUUUCACACCUUCGACCACAACUCUGCCUGACAUGGAUUUACCCAGUGCCUGCUCAGCGUCACCUUCUACGAAGUCUGCUGCACCUAUCGUUGCGGAUGUGGACAGUAACAACAAUUCAGAUGUGUUCACAGGUGUUAAAUCAGUGAGCCCAUGUUCGGCGCAGGCGCAAUCGUCAGGCUUGGCUUCUUUAUCGUUGGGUGCUGCUGCCGGGUUAAAAUUUCCCACUUCACCGUCACCUGAGAAGAACCUAUCUGAGGUUUCUUUACCUCCUGCCGCCAUGAAAAUGUUUUCGGGUGUGCCUUCUGAACAAGACUGUCUCUCCGAGACGAAGAAAAUUACACCGUCUGCUUCACCACUAGUUGUCAGGGACUCGGAAGUGUUGGGUGUUGAUGUCUCCGAAACUGACGGUGACAGCUCAACAUCAGGCUCUGGCUUCUUCCCUAACCCAGUCAAUCCCCGAAGCCCUGCUCAAGGAACCCCUGACGCUUCCAUACAGGCGCAGGAGUUUAAGGCGUUGAGUGACGCACCAACCACCAUCCCUUCAAGUGACACCGGGUUCCUCUCGCCAUCAAAACCAUCAAUCAGCGGUACUACUGAUCCGACCGAUGAAACUGACAAGUUGCUGCAACCAGAGACACCCACACAAUCGCUUUCUUCUGAUCACCAGAUGGCGUGUGUUCACUCGGAAGUCAUGGCCAGCGCUCCGUACACGGACACUGACAACGAUCUUCUUAAAAAGGAAUUGAAUACGUUGCCCGAAGACCGACUUUGUGCACCUGGCGAUGUUUUACCUGCGACUCACAAGGAGGAAGAUGUCCACAAGAACGAAGUGAUAGCCGGAGAUGUUCCGGAGACAGCAUUUCUGCCAUCGGCGGUUUCAGGCGCCUGUGAAAUGAAGGCGCACUGCAGUACUGGUCAGUCCUCUGAGUACACUCCUGUAGAUCAGUAUGCCGGUGACACUAACCCACUGGUGGACUCCUUUUCUCCAUUAGCUGUGGACGUCGGUGUUGCUGGGAAUGGCCUGGACCCCCGAGAUGGUGAGAAAGGUCUUGAGCCGUCUUCUCCGCAGGGUAUCUUCAAACUCCCGGACGCUAAUAUGAUGUUGCUGGGACGGGAUGAUUUGAAUCAUCCUCCUGCGGUUGAACAAACUACCGGAGAUGAUGGACUGCAUGAAAACAAAAAGUGCACUUCGGAGGUUGACGACGAAACUUGUAGAACUCCUAAAACGCCGUCUCUUCGACGCCCAGCGGAAUCGCCCGGCACCAUUGAAGUAGAAAGCGAGUGCGGCGACUGGGGUCGUUUGCCGACUUCAACUGACAGUCAAAGUUCCCCACAAGCAAACGAAAAAUCUCAUUUUAUACCGGUCUCAACUGGUGAUGAGUGUCUACCUACUUUUCCUUGCGAAGCAAAAGCCGAUGCAAACCGACUAUAUCAACGUAGUGAACUUUCUCCUGGAGUGAUGGCAGUGCCUCUUCACGAAACCAUAGAUAGCUUACUCACUCCGUCUGGCCCUGAGUCCGAAUCUUCCGGUGAGAGGGUAGAAGUUUCACCCAGUCACAUGAAACCUUCCAUAACUUUGUCCAUUCCUGUUAGAGUUCAGCAUGACCCCGUGUCUGUCGGCGUAUCCCAUGUACCGCAUGGCCUUCCUAAAGAAGACCCUCAAGUGAGUCCAGUCAUCAUUUCCGAAAGCACCAUGGAUCCGACAGCUGAUGUCCCUACUAAUCCUCUGCGGACCGUCCAAGAGACCUCCGUCUCACCACCGGGACAAGAAAGUCUGGGAAUAGCUACAUCCAUCUCACCGUCUAUUCCUGCGAUGGAGGCCGGUUCUGCCAGCAUGUUCUUGAAGGAUGACUGGGAGGGUUGGGACGAAUCUCCCCCAUAUGAGGGAACAUCUUUAGGGAAGGAGGGAGCAGACUCUGCUCAGACCAGAGAGCAAGAAAGUGUGGAUCACAUCACGGAACCUGUCGAGAAGCCCAAAUGCGAACGUAUCCCGUACGCGCUACCCACUGAUGACACCGUCUUGCGCCCGCUUCCCCAAUCCGAAGAUGAACCGAGUAAUGCAGUCGAUAAAUCCGGUUGGGACUUUGACUUUUAA